GAGAGAGAUGUCUACCUCCGGCGCCGGUAGUCAUCACUCGUAUGAUAGACCAGUUCGUAGCGAUAAUGAAGAAGUGGAUCCAUUGGAGGCAAUGUUAGACAAGACUGGUUGCAAACAACAUCACUAUUCACUACAGGACUGUAUGUAUGAGCACCGGGAUUGGCGUAAAUGCCAGGAUUUAGUUCAACAAUUGAAAGAUUGUAUGAAUAGAUAUGAACAAAGCAAACAACAACAAAAUAAAUAAUUAAUUAAUUUAAAU